AUGUCAAAUAGUAGAAAAUAUACUAGUCUAAGCGACAAUGACGAGGACGACCCUUUACAGCAGCAAGUCGCAAAUAAUAAUAAUAAUAAUGAAAGUACUUUACAACAACAACAACAACAAACAGAAAUACAAAUAAAUGAUCAACCAUCAUCACCUAAACUACUUUAUCAACAACAACAACAAGAUAAUGGAUUUAUUAGAUUAGAAGAGGACGACAUUCAAGAUGAAAUGGAUGACGACGAUUUAAAGAGUUCAUUUACCAAUUCAACUAUUGGAGACGAUGAACAUUUACUUAUACACACAUCAUCUGUCAAUGAUAUAAGAGUUUCCUCCAAACUUUACUAUGUUCCUCCAAAUAGAAGUUCUCCAUCUAUCAAACCUGUCGUAGCUACGACACAACAACAACAACAACAACAACAAACAUCGGCUUCUGUUGCAACUGCUAAAAAACAACAACAACAAGACCAACUAUCAAUUACUAUACCUUCACCUACCAUUUCUGGACUUGUGGGUAAUAAUAAUAAAAAUAAUACACAAGUUAAAACACCAAAUGGAGCGUCUAUACCAACAACAGAUGGUAUCUUUCCAGAAAGUCCAACAAACAAGGCUAUCUCAUUUCCAUCUCCAUCAACCUUUUCAAUACCAACUCCAACUAGCCUUUCACCAAAUGCAUCGGGUAUUAUUUUACCUCCACCUCUUAGUCUUGUUGACCAACCAGCGUCAUCGUCAUCUACAUCGGCCACUACAUCAUCUCGAACGACCAACAAUGCAAAAGGAGAAACAAUUAAUAAUAUUGGUGCCAUUUUACAUGCAUCAAAUGAAGAGGAACAUCAUCAUAAUAAUAUACUUCUUUCACCACUGUCAUCUGAUCAUUCAAAACUAUUAAAAUCACCAAACAUUAAUGAUGAAUCAUUUGGUAGCAAGGAUCCACCAGUACAAGACUUUGUACACGGAAACAAGAUUGAAGAUGAGGACAUUCUCCAACGAAUCUUACAAAUCAAAGAUUUCAAGUUUCAAAAGAAACAUAAAAAGAAAGCGAUACAUUACCUCUUGAAUCUUGUACCUAUUGUUUCUUGGAUCAAGGGUUAUAAAUGGACAAGUGAUAUUAAAGGUGAUUUGGUAGCUGGACUGACAGUCGGAGUAAUGUUAAUUCCCCAAGGUAUGGCGUAUGCCAUGGUAGCUGGUUUACCACCCAUUUACGGACUCUAUUCAUCUAUAGCACCGGUUAUUGCCUAUUCUAUAUUUGGAACGAGUAGAGAAUUGUCAGUUGGCCCAUUUGCUAUCAUCUCUCUACUUUGUCUAGAGACUGUUAAUGGAGAGGUGGGUGCAACCUCUACAAAUAUGCAACAUCGUGUCUCUGUAUCGAUUCUACUGGCAUUUGUAUGUGGUAUAUUACAGCUUAUACUGGGUCUGUUACGAUUUGGGUUUGUUGCCAAUUUCCUCUCGGAUCCAGUAAAGACUGGUUUUAUUAGUGGAUGUGCACUCAUUAUUGGAUCAAGUCAAAUCAAACAUAUACUUGGAUACAGUGUUGACAAUACAAACUUUUUGCCACUCCUCAUUGGACGAUACUUGGCACACAUUACAAAGACUAAUUGGUGGGCAGUGUUUAUUGGAGUACUUGGUAUUGUAAUGUUGGUUGGCAUUAAAAAGAUAAAUGCUCGGUUCAAGAUAAAGAUACCAGGACCGUUGGUUGUAGUCAUCCUCUUUACACUACUCUCUUUUCUCAUUGAUUUUGAAAACCGAGGACAUAUUCCAGUGGUAGGACACGUUCCCUCUGGUAUCCCAUCUCCUCGAUUCCCAACCAUUCAAUCGGAUCCUGGAAUAGAUGUAGAUACCAAUUGGUUUGGUGUCACUGCUCGUAUUCUCCCAGGUGCAUUGGUUCUCGUUUUGGUUGGAUUCAUUUCAAGUGUUAGUGUCAGUUCUAAAUUUGCCGAAAAGAAUAAUUACACGAUCGAUGCCAAUCAGGAACUCAUUGCAUUGGGUGCAUCAGACUUUGUCGGAUCAUUCUUUUUGGCAUUCCCAGUUGGUGCCAGUCUUUCUCGAACGGCGGUAAACGCACAGAGUGGUGCCGUCUCACAAUUGGCAGGCAUUGUAUGUGCAUUGAUCAUAGUCAUCGCCAUUCUCCUUCUCACACCGGUAGUCUAUUUCCUACCAAAAGCCAUUCUAGCAUCGAUUGUCGUCGUUGCCAUUGUCGAUCUCAUCGAAUACAAAAUAGCAUUCCAACUGUGGAAGGUACACAGAAAGGAUCUUGUUCUCUACUGUGUCUCUCUCUUUUCAACCAUCACCUUGGGUAUCCUCCAAGGUAUCUUGAUUGGAAUCGUCGCAUCUCUACUUCUCAUCAUCUAUCGUAGUGCUUAUCCACCAUUUGCCGUCCUGGGUAGACUCCCUGGUACCGAAAUUUAUAAAAAUAUUAAACGUGUUCCUCAAGCUGAAACUUUUAAAGGAAUUCAAAUUGUAAGAAUUGAUGGAAGUAUUUAUUUUGCAAAUACACAAUUUAUUAAAAAGAAAUUAAGAGGAUACGAACCUUUUAGAAAAAGAGGUGUGGAUUUGGAUGACAUGGAUUCUAGUAGUGAUCAGAGCGAUGACUCUGACUAUGACGAUAGUUCUAUUGUCGAGAUGGCAACAGUAGAUAUCGAUGGUAAUCCAACCAAAGGUGCAAUCAUCAUUGAUUGUAGUAGUAUGAAUGAUAUCGAUUCGACAGGUAUUAGAAUGCUUAAAGAGUUGGUUAUGGAAUUUAGAGCCAAACAAUUAGUACUUUAUUUUGCUUCUGUCAAGGGAUAUAUUAGAGAUUUGCUUAAAAAAGGAGGUGUAGUCGAACACUAUGGUGCAGAUCAUUUCUUUUGGACUAUCAAUGAUGCCGUAGAACACCAUCUCUACCUUAUUAAACAUUCUAGAAGAAAUCAAUUAAAAAAGUCAAGAGCUUUAAACAAUAAUAAUAAUAAUAAUCAAAAUAAUAACACCAACACCACCAGUUCAAAUACUUUUAGCAAGGAUAAUUCUCAAGAAGAAUAUAAUAAUGAUCCCAUGAGCAAUAAAGUCAAGGUUCUUCUCAGUCUUUGA